AACAAAACAAAUUUAAAUAUCAUCCCCAUAGAGGUACAUUAUCUUGAUGCAGUUGAAGUGGGAAUUUUCUUGAAGUAACGAUGUUGUCUUAAUCCCCAUACAGCAGGCUGUCACAUAUAUAAAAUAUCAGAUGACGUUGGCAUGAAAGAAUUAUUUACCUGAGAUCCAUCAAUAUUUAUCAUCUUAAAGACAAACGGAAGUCGUCAUACAGAACAGAUGUAACCCUCAUUAUAUAAAUGUAUGGUAGAAUUACUGGGAAAUAUUUGUUCUGAACUGAAAUUAAUCGCACAGUCGAUCUAUUUUAUGCUGUCUUUGACUGUCUGGAAUGAACAUAAGAUGAUUUUGUAUUUUAAUUGAACAUCUUCGAAUAUUGACAAAGAUUUCACUAACUAAAGGAUUUGUUUAAAAUAAAUUAUAACAUCGAAAGAGACACGUCUGUACAUUGCGGUAAGAGACGCAGAAAUAUGGAAAAUAUGCAUGAGACAGGCAUUGAAUAUAAAACACAGUCUAAAAAGAUUGACUUUGCUCGUGAUAAAAAGAGAGAGAAAGCAAAACGAUUAUAUCACUGUGAUGUCUGUAGAAAGAUAUUCUUUAAAAAAUCUCAUUUAACUGUUCACAAGCGUAUUCAUACAGGAGAGAAACCAUAUCACUGUGAUAUCUGUGGUAAAUUUUUCUCUCAACUUGCUAACUUAACUUAUCAUAAACGCAUGCAUACAGGUGAAAAGCCAUAUCGAUGUGAUAUCUGUGAUAAAUCCUUCUCUCGGACUAGUGACCUAUCUAGUCACAAACGUGUUCAUACAGGAGAGAAGCCAUAUCAGUGUGGUAUCUGUGGUAAAUCCUUCUCCGUACUUAGUUCUCUAAAUAACCACAAAGGUGUUCAUACAGGAGAGAAAUCUUACAAUUGUGAUAUCUGUGGUAAAUCAUUCACACAUUGCGGUAGCCUUAUUACACAUAAACGUAUUCAUACAGGAGAGAAACCAUAUCAUUGUGAUAUCUGUGGUAAAUCAUUCUCCAACACUAGUUCUGUAACUAGUCACAAGCGUAUUCAUACAGGAGAGAAAUCAUAUGAUUGUGAUGUCUGUGGUAAAUCAUUCUCACAUUCUUCUACCUUAACUACACACAGACGUCUUCAUACUGGAGAGAGGCCAUAUCAUUGUGAUAUCUGUGGAAAAACAUUCGUUCAUGGUUCAGAAGUAAAUGUUCACAAGCGUGUUCAUACAGGAGAAAAACCAUAUCAUUGUGAUAUCUGUGGGAGAUCAUUUUCUGUACUUAGUGCUGUAAAUACACAUAAACGCAUUCACACAGGAGAGAAAGCAUCUCAAUGUGAUAUCUGUGGUAAAUCAUUCUCGUGUAAAGGUUAUCUAUCUUCACACAAGCGUAUCCAUACGGGAGAGAAGCCAUAUUGUUGUGAUUUCUGUUGUAAAUCAUUCACUACAAGUUGUAAUUUAAUUAAACACAAACGUAUGCAUACAGGAGAGAAGCCAUAUCACUGUAACAUCUGUGGUAAAUCAUUUCCUGGUGCUGAUAACUUAAUUCAACAUAAGCGUGUUCAUACAGGAGAGAAGCCACAUCAGUGUGAUGUCUGUGAUAAAUCUUUCACAGGAAUUGGUCAUUUAAUUAAGCACAAGCGUAUUCAUACAGGAGAGAAGCCUUAUUCCUGUGAUAUUUGUGGAAAAUCAUUCCCUCAGAAGGGUACUUUAACUAGACACAAACGCAUUCAUACAGGAGAGAAACCACAUAGCUGUUGUAUCUGUGGUCGGUCAUUUGCACAUCGCAGUACUCUGACCACUCACAAAUUUACUCAUACUGGAGAAAAGCCAUAUCACUGUGACAUCUGUGGUAAACCAUUCUUGUCAAAUAGUAGUGUCACUAUUCACAAACGUAUUCAUACAGGAGAAAAGCCAUAUCACUGUGAUGUCUGUGGUAAAUCAUUCUGUUCAAGUGGUGAGUUAACUACUCACAAACGUAUUCAUACAGGGGAAAAGCCACACCGCUGCGAUAUCUGUGGUAAAUCAUUCACUCAAAAAUUUGACCUAACUGCCCAUAAACGUAUUCAUACAGGUGAAAAGCCGUAUCAGUGCGAUGUCUGUGGUAAAUCAUUCUCUGUGAAUAGUGCCUUAACUUCUCACAAACGUAUCCAUACAGAUGAGAAGCCCUAUCAUUGUGAUAUCUGUGGGAAAUCAUUCUCUCAAAUUAGUAACUUAACUACUCACAAACGUGUUCACACAGGAGAGAAGCCAUAUCAGUGUGAUAUUUGUGGUAAAUCAUUCUCUGUAAGUAGUGCUGUAAAUUCUCACAAACGUAUUCAUACAGGAGAGAAACCAAAUCACUGUGAUAUCUGUGGUAAAUCAUUUUCUGUAAGUAGCCACUUGACUAUACACAAACACAUUCAUACAGGGGAGAAGCCAUAUCAAUGUGAUUUAUGUGGUAAAUCAUUCUCUGUAAGUAGUGCUGUAAACAAACACAAACGUAUUCACACAAGGGAAAAACCAUAUCACUGUGAUAUCUGUGAUAAAUCAUUCAUUCAGUUGAGUCACUUAACAACGCACAAACUUAUUCAUACAGGAGAGAAGCCAUAUCAUUGCGACAUCUGUGGUAAAUCAUUCUCUGGAAGUAGUGAAUUAACUAUGCAUAAACGUAUUCACACAGGACAGAAACCAUAUCACUGUAGUAUCUGUGGUAAAUCAUUCUCUCAAAAUAGUCAUUUAACUAAACACAUACGGGUUCAUACUGGAGAGAAACUAUAUCACUGUGAUAUUUGCAGUAAAUCAUUCUCUCAAAAAGGUAAUCUGAUUAUUCACAAGCACGUUCAUGAAGGUGAAAAACCAUAUCACUGUGAUAUCUGUGGCAAAUCAUUCUCUGGAAGCAGUUACUUAACUUCUCAUAAACGCAUCCAUACAGGUGAGAAACCUUAUUAUUGUAAUAUCUGUGGGAAAUCAUUUUCUCAUAGUGGUAACAUAACUAUUCACAAGCGUAUUCAUACAGGAGAAAAGCCAUAUCACUGUAAUAUCUGUGGUAAGUCAUUUUCUCAAAGAAGUAAUUUGGCUACACAUGUAAGUAUUCAUAUACAACAAUGACUAUUAAUGUUGAAGUCACUGUUAUACUACAGUGCAACCUCUGUAUUAAGUCAAAUUUUGUUGAUCAAAUUAGUUUUGCCUUCCUCUUAAUCUAGUGUAUGUGUGUAAAUGCAUAUACACUCACUGCUCGAUUUACUCUUUAUUCUCUCUCCCAACUAUUUAUAUGACACUUGAUUACCAUGCAUAAAUGUUUCAUCCAAAUGUAAAUUUUAUAUUUGAUUCCGUCUGAAGAAUUUUCAAUAGGAAAUUGCUUACACAUUUAUCUGACGUGCACUUUUGUGAUUCCUAUUAGGAAAUGAAACAUGUAUAAUGGUGAAUAAAUAAUACCAAAAAAUUGUUCAAACUU